AUGGCGGCGGCUGCGGCUCUUCCAACCUUCCCUAGACUGGUCUUCACCGUCUUCGAGCCCAUCUCACUCGUCGGCGGUUUCCUAGGGGCCGUUAUAAAUCCGGAUUGGUUCAUAUCCGAGCAGAUCGUACAGGGCGCCAUCUCGGCCGCCGUGCCAACUGCGGAAUCUGAUAAUGCCCGUCUCGUGGCCCUCCAGCUCGGAAAUAUAUACCUGCUCAUGGCCAUGGUCGGGCUAGCCGUGCUCAACCUCACCAACGAGCUAAAGGUUGUGCGCGGCUACCUCGUUGCUCUUUGGAUAGCCGACCUUGGUCACAUUUACGUAUGCUAUCACGUUAUGGGCCUCGAUCGCUUCCUCGACGUGGCGAGCUGGAAUUCCAUGGCCUGGGGCAACGUGGGUGUCACGGCCCUUCUCUGUCUGACCAGGACGGCUUACCUUUUAGGCCUCUUCGGAAAGGAUGUCCCUCUCAAGAACUUGGAAAAGAAGCAGCAGUGA